UGGCGGGCCAGGCGCGGCCGCCGAGCCGAGCCGCUCCGGGCCCGCGGCCAUGCCCAAGCGGGGCUGCCGCUUCGCGGACGCGGCCCCGCUGCAGCUCAAGGUUCGUGUGGGCCAGAGGGAGCUGAGUCGCGGCGUGUGCGCCGAGCGCCUCACUCGGGAGAUUUUCGAGAAGACCACCCAGCUCCUCUUCCGAGGGGCCCAGGCCUACAUGGACCACGCGUGGGAGGAAGGCUGUGCCACCGUUGACCUGCCAGAGUCCCCGAAGCCCGGCCCCACGGAAGCCCCUCGGGCCUCGCGGGGGCAGAUGCUGAUCGGGCCCGACGGCCGACUGACCAGGAGCCGAGCCCAGGCCUCCGAAGCCGAGCCGGCCGGGGCCGCGUCGGGGGCCUGCUCGUCGUGCGUGCGCGCCGCGGACGGGAAGGCGGCGUGCGGCCAGUGUGAGCGAGCCCUGUGCGGGCGCUGUGUGCACACCUGCUGCAGCUGCGGGGCCCUGGCCUGCCCCCUGUGCGCCGUCGUGGACUGCAGCAACAUUCAGGAGAAAGUGCUGUGCGCCAGCUGCGCCGUGUUCGAGACCUGAGGCAGGAGUGGACAGCGGCCUUGCCUGGACAGCCCCGCUGGUGUGGACGCUGGGACCCGUGUGGUGGGCGGGAGGGGGCCUUUCUAGUCCGUAUUUUGUGCUCCUGACAACAGGAGUGAAUAAACCGUUUAUGUUUGGA